UUCCGGCUUUGAGGGGCCACACCCCGCGCGGUCCCUGGCGGAACCUUUUAGUUCUGCGCUCGCGUUGCCAGCCCGGCGCGCCUCACGCAGUUGCGCCCGCUCCUGGGGCUACUUCCGGCGGCCCCGCCCCGCCCCGCCCCCGGGCGUCUCCAUCUUGGUCUCAGGUGUAGACUCUGCCAGAGCUAGCGCAGGAGUCAAGCGGAGUUAUAGCUAACCCGGCCGCGGAGCUGGCUCACUGCACUACCCCCUCCCCCUUCUCUCCUCCAGACGCCGAAGUCGGUGGCGCUCAUGGCGGGCCUGGAGGUACUGUUCGCAUCGGCAGCGCCAGCCAUCACCUGCACGCAGGACGCGCUCGUCUGCUUCUUGCAUUGGGAAAUGGUGACACACGGCUACUACGGCUUGGGUGUCGGUGACCAGCCGGGUCCCAAUGAUAAGAAGUCAGAACUGCUGCCAGCUGGGUGGAACAACAAUAAGGACCUGUAUGUCCUCCGAUAUGAGUAUAAGGAUGGGUCCAGAAAGCUCCUUGUGAAAGCCAUCACCGUGGAGAGCAGCAUGAUCCUCAAUGUGCUGGAAUAUGGCUCACAGCAAGUGGCAGACUUGACCCUGAACUUGGAUGAUUAUAUCGAUGCAGAACACCUGGGUGACUUCCACAGGACCUACAAGAACAGUGAGGAGCUUCGGUCUCGUAUUGUGUCUGGAAUCAUCACACCUAUCCAUGAGCAGUGGGAGAAGGCUAGUGUAAGCAGUCCCCACCGGGAGUUCCCCCCUGCUACUGCUAGAGAGGUGGACCCACUCCGAAUUCCUCCACACCAUCCACACACCAGCCGGCAGCCUCCCUGGUGUGAUCCCCUGGGCCCAUUUGCUGUCGGGGGAGAAGACUUAGACCCUUUUGGGCAUCGGAGAGGUGGCAUGAUUGUGGAUCCCCUGAGAUCUGGCUUCCCAAGAGCACUUAUUGACCCUUCCUCAGGCCUCCCGAACCGGCUUCCUCCAGGCGCUGUGCCCCCAGGAGCUCGCUUUGACCCCUUCGGACCCAUUGGGACCAGCCCACCUGGCCCGAGGCCUGACAGACGCGGGCAGUGAUGAGCCCUGUUCUGGAGUGGAAAGAGCACGAUAGAGCACCAGGCUAAGAGGCACGAGAUCAAGGCGGUAGUCACUUCCGCUCUGCAGCUAGCAUUUCAACCAUAUGUGGGUCCUUUCAUUUCUCAGCUCCUUGGAUUCCUUCCCCUAAAUUAGGACCUAUUGUUUACCCGUAGGUAAACAAGCUACUGUAGCUCUUCUGAGAUAUCUGCUGGGCUAUUUUCUGUAGCCUCAGAUUGCUUAUCUUCUUAGCCUGAGAACAGGUAGAUGAAAACUAAAUCGAUGCCUAGGCCCAGGGUCAGUCUCAGAUGGAAGCUGGGCCUGGGUGGGGAGGCUGUCCUGCGCAACAACCUGGGUACUUCUGUCAGUCCCCAUGGCAAGCAGUGAUUUAGUAAAAGACCCCAGAGACAGGGAAGCCAACCACCUUGAAACCUUUAGAACAUCUCUGCUUUGAAGAAAGACCCAGAGAUCAGGCAGAGGUGCAGAUUCAAUCAUUACUCAUAACCUUUGAGAGCUGGCAAAUGGGAGGAAUGUUAGUUUUUGUUUUGGAAUUGGACCAUACUUGCAACCAAAAGGACUUAGAGCAGUUUGCUCAUAAAAACAUCCUUUAUUAUAAAAGGAAGUAUUUAAAGGAUGAUAAAGACCAUCAGACAGAAGCAGGGAAGGUAGAUAACUUUUAGGAUCUUGAUGUGAGGAAAAGAUAAAAUUUAAACAGUAAAUUUGCCACUUAGAUUUUCUGGUAGCAAAGGUCGAAAAGAUAGUCAUAUACAAAAUUCUGUUUUCUGAAAACAGAAAAUUGUGAUUCAUCUGCAGAAUCAGCCAUUUUCUGUGAGUUUCCUUGCAUCAAGGACACUGAGAAAACAGUCAUUUUCUUUGGUGUUCUAUGGGAGGAAGUGAAUAGAGCCUUUAGGAACUUCCUGGUCAGGCUGAUGGUGCUUAUUUUGGUCUGGGCCACUUCCCUCCUUCCAGUCAUGAGUAAUCAUCAAGCAGGAGGUUGGAACGUUUCAGGUGUAUAUUUUGUAGAACCCAAAAGAUUGGAGCCUUAACAAUAAACAUCAGCACUAAGUGA